AUGCUAAAAUUAAAAAACCCUAUCCAUUUUUCCAGUAUUGAAGAUGCUGAAAUACAAUUACAAACAAGUGUUCAGUCCGGUCUUCCUUCUCAAACUGCCCAUGAGCGCAUAUCGGAAUACGGCGAAAACCGUCUUCAGAGCGAUAAAGGUGUCUCUGCAUGGAAUAUAUUUUUUCGACAAGUGUUAAAUGCCAUGUGCGUAGUCCUUAUUCUUGCUGCAGCCCUUUCGUUUGGAACAACUGAUUGGAUUGAGGGUGGUGUCAUAUCUGCCAUUAUUGUCCUCAACGUCGUUGUAGGCUUUGUUCAAGAAUACAAGGCAGAGAAAACAAUGGACUCCCUUCGCUCUCUCGCUUCUCCCAUGGCACAUGUCAUCCGCGACGGUAAACAAGAGACUAUAGAGUCUCAUAUGUUGGCACCUGGGGAUAUCGCUACUCUUAAAACCGGAGACGUUGUCCCUGCUGACAUCCGACUUGUUGAAACUAUCAAUUUCGAAACGGAUGAAGCACUUCUUACAGGCGAAUCCCUCCCUGUCGUCAAAAAUGCCCGAGCCGUUUUUGACACGAGCGAAGAGGUCCCCGUUGGAGAUCGCAUCAAUCUUGCUUACUCCUCCUCUGUUGUUACUAAAGGUCGCGCAACUGGGAUUUGUUAUGCUACCGGUAUGAAUACGGAAAUUGGUGGCAUCGCAGCUAGUCUUCGUCAAUCUCAUCCAAUUUUUUCCCAAAAACCUGAUCCAAGUGACGAAAAUUAUAAGAAAAACCUUAAAACAUAUCGUUUCCGAGUUUUCCUAUAUUACGUUAAACGCAUCCUCGGUCUCAAUGUUGGUACUCCCCUUCAGCAAAAGCUGACUGUCCUUGCCUAUGUGCUGUUUAUUAUCGCCAUAGUUCUUGCCAUCGUAGUUAUGGCAGCUCAUACGUUUCAUGUCAGUAAUGAAGUUUCAAUUUAUGCCAUUUCGUUGGGCAUCUCCAUUAUCCCUGAAUCCUUGAUUGCGGUUCUUUCGAUCACUAUGGCUUUGGGUCAAAAGAAUAUGUCUGCUCGUCGUGUAAUUGUCCGAAAACUAGAAGCACUCGAAGCUUUAGGCGGUGUUACGGACAUUUGUUCUGACAAAACUGGUACCAUCACCCAAGGAAAAAUGAUCACUCGUCGUGUUUGGAUUCCGUCUUUUGGAUUUCUUGUAGUUGAAACUUCAAGCCCUUUUGAUCCAACAGCAGGUACCGUUUCUACCGUUCAUCAGCCAAUGGAGACACUUGCAAAUGCCAAGAAUCAAAAACUUGAAGAGAUGAAAGAUUUGCGUGCCUUUAAAGAGUUAGAUCCAGUUCUCAAAAUUUCUUCGCUUUGUAAUUUAUCUACUGUUAGUAUAAACAAAGAAGGCAAUUGGGUCGCAAAGGGAGAACCCACUGAAAUUGCUCUUCACGUUUUUUCUUCACGCUUUAAUUAUGGAAGAGAAGAGCUUUUAAAGAGUCACAAACUCUUGCGUGAAUACCCUUUUGAUUCUGAACUUAAACGUAUGUCGGUUGUAAUGCAAGAGAAGGAAAGCAAUCCAGAAGUAUACGCCAAAGGUGCUGUUGAAAGAGUUUUGGAACGUUGUAAAACCAUUGCGGCACAUCCAUUAGAUCAUGAAAGGCGAAACCUUGUAUUGGCACAAAUGGAAACGCUUGCUUCCCAAGGGCUUCGAGUUUUAGCUUUGGCGAAAAAAUCCAUUCAUUAUUCAACUGAAUGGGAAGCGGUUCCUAGAGAAGAUGUUGAAUCAAAUUUGGAUUUUGUUUCACUUGUUGGAAUUUAUGAUCCUCCUCGUGCUGAAUCCAAAGAGGCUGUUAAUCUCUGUCAUCGUGCCGGCAUUCGUGUACACAUGCUUACAGGUGAUCAUCCUGAAACGGCAAAGGCCAUUGCCAAAGAAGUGGGUAUUAUUCCACCGUAUAUUUCAGAUAAAGACCCAAACAUGUCGUGGAUGAUUAUGACUGGCCCGCAAUUUGAUGCUCUAUCUGAUCAAGAAAUAGACAAUAUGAAAGCUCUCUGCUUGGUCAUUGCCAGAUGUGCACCGCAAACCAAAGUAAAAAUGAUUCAUUCCUUGCAUCGAAGAAAAGCCUAUGUUGCUAUGACUGGCGACGGUGUCAAUGAUUCUCCUUCGUUAAAGCAAGCCGACGUAGGAAUUGCGAUGGGAUUGAACGGAAGUGAUGUUGCUAAAGACGCUAGUGAUAUUGUCCUGACUGAUGAUAACUUUUCGUCAAUAGUAAAUGCUAUUGAGGAGGGUCGUAGAAUUUUUGACAAUAUCAUGAAAUUCGUUUUGCAUCUUUUAAUAUCCAACGUCGGCGAAGUAAUCCUUCUGGUUGUUGGUCUUGCCUUUCGUGAUAUCCACCAUUUGUCGGUUUUCCCAAUGUCUCCUGUAGAAAUUCUGUGGUGUAAUAUGAUUACAUCGUCCUUUCCUUCGAUGGGACUUGGUAUGGAAAAAGCUCAACCGGAUAUUAUGGAGCGCCUUCCUCAUGAUAAUAGAGUAGGAGUUUUUACAAAAAGUCUUAUUUUCGACAUGAUAGCCUAUGGGCUUUUGAUUGGUGUCAUGUCACUGAUGACCUGGGUAGUGAUCAUAUAUGCUUUUGGAACUGGAAAUUUGGGCUACGAUUGCAAUUCCUAUUAUCAUGACGGCUGCAGAGAAGUGUUUCGUGCGAGAUCUGCUGUUUUUUGUGUAGUAACAUUUUGUGUUCUGAUAAUGGGAUUUGAAGUCAAAAACUUUGACAACUCAUUUUUUAAUCUUGAUGGAAUUUCCUGGAGAGAAUGGACCUUUGGCUAUUUUUUCAGGAAACUGGUUGAAAACAGGUUUCUCGUAUGGGCCAUUGCCUUGGCCUUUGCAUCAGUGUUUCCUACGAUUUAUAUUCCUGUUAUAAACAGCGAUGUAUUCAAGCAUAAAUCAAUUGGAUGGGAAUGGGGAGUUGUUGCUGUUGCAGUUAUCCUUUUCUUCAUCUUUGCAGAAUCAUGGAAAUUCAUUCGGCGUACUUUGAGCAAGCCUCACCGUAAAGGCAAGCUAAGAAGAACCCUAAGUCGAACAAUAACUUCCCAGUCAAAGUUAUCGGAAACUGACUUGGAGAAGCGGCUCUUUAUACAGUCUCGAAAUGUUCCUUCAUGA